CAGUCAUUGGGUCGUUUCAUGCAUUUCCACAUUGCGAGCCCUUGUGGCGCAGUUUGGAUCUUGGCGCAAGCCAGCAGCCACUUGCCCCCCCCGUGUGCACGACCAUGCGCUUCAUAGUCGACGUCGUCGCUUCAUUCACCCCAGCAGCCACUCACCGCGUCUGCGUCUUGGGAAACGUGCCAGAACUGGGCGCAUGGGAUCCACGGCAUGCAGUGCUGUUGCAGCGACAAGACGGCAGCACGACGUGGACCGCUCAUGUCGACGUGCGCACGUCAACCGCGAUCGAGUACAAGUAUGCCAUCACGUCCAUCCGCGACAACGCGUUUGUCGUGUGGGAAUCCCUGCCGACGAAUCGGUCGCUCGAUCCAGGCCAACUCGUUCGUUCGCAGCGGGAGAUGGCAUCCCUGGGCGAUGACGACGUGGAGGUGCAUGACGGCUGGUUUGGCCUGGACACCAGUGACCUCGGCGACUGCUCCAAGCUCCAUGUCGAAGCGCGGCAUGUCGCGGCACCUCAAACGCGGCUGGUGUUUGGCAGUCUCGUGGGUCGCGCGCCGAUCACGCUGUUCGAUGCGCCUCGCGCCAACGUGCAUGUGGCAGUUCGCAUUCCUCGCGAAGCGACGGCGCAGCAGGGCGACAUAACGUUGUGGCCCCACACCACGUCGUUCCGGCAUGCCGUCGAUACGUCCGUGCCGCUGCAUGCGCUGCACGCCAAGUUGCUCGGCAAUUCGACCCAUCACUAUUCGUUGCACCACGCCGGCGGAGCUCCACCAAACGACAUUGACGCAUUGAGGGAGAUGCCCGUGUUUAUGACACUCGACGACCACGUCCUUGCCGACGUGGCGGCCGCCCUUGACCACGUCUCGUUCCAGCCAGGGCAAGAUAUCGUGGUUCCGGGACAGCCUCGACGGUACUGUCACUGGAUCACUCAAGGACAUGCAGACGUGUGCGGGCAGCGGACAACGGAAGGGCAGCACGUGUACUUGCAGUUGACGCCGCGGUCGUAUUUUGGCGAAAUGGCCCUCUUUGGCGGUGUCGACCGCACCAGCCACAUUCGCGUGUCGAACAACGACUUGCUCUCGUGCGUGCGGUUGGAUCGCGCGGCCUUUUUGACGAUUCUCGCCAAGCAUGGACUGUGCCACCACGCGUUGUUGCAGCCGUACGUGCAACGCCUCGCGGCGCAACAGCCGCAGCUUCGACAGCUCGUGUCCGGCCCCAGUUGUGAGGCCGCCCCCAUGCCGCCUCUCGACGAUGCAUCCCUCCAGGUCUUUACCAUCCACGGCACCCCUGCGUAUUUUCGACUCGACAUCAUGGCCCAUCCCUCGAACGACUUGGUUGGAUCGUGCAUGAUCACUCGGUCGCAGGUGGCGAUGGAUUCCAAGCAAAGUCAAGGCAUCCUGACAUGCCCGAUCCUGGCUCCUGGGCAGCAUCACGUGGUGGUGGGCGAAGCUGCCUUUCAGUACCUUCACGUACGACCUCACAUCCACCCGGCGAACGCUGUGCAUGCUUCGAAACCCGCGCUCGAGAACGGGUUGCCGGCACAUGCAACGUCGGGCGUCGCGCUGGACAUUGGCCACCGCGGCCUUGGCCGGUCCUACUACCAAAAACUCGGCCAUCGCGUCAGCUCGAUCCGGGAGAACACGCUGCCGUCGUUCAUGAUCGCGGGUUUCUCCGGCGCCGACAUGGUGGAGUUCGACGUCCAGCUGUCCAAAGACUGCGUCCCGAUCGUGUACCACGACUUUUUCUUCAAAGCCAAGCUUGGCACGCGCGUCGCGGCGGCCACCGUCAUGACCAAGAUGGGCCUCCACGACUUGACUUUGGCCGAGCUCAACCAGAUCGAGUGGCGCCACUGCGUUGAACCCACGCCAUCGCGCUUACGAUCGCUCGUGCGCAAGCAUAUGCCGUCCCUGGUCGGUCGUUGUCGCAUGCCGACGCCGCAACGUCGUGCGAUCGCACCCACGACACCGCGCGACGCCGACCGCAUCGACAUGCCAGACCUCGCGCCGUCCAUGCAAGCGCUGUGCGACGCGUUUCCCACGCUCCGCCUGGCGCUCGACCACGUUCCCCUGUACGUGGGCUUCAACAUUGAGAUCAAGUACCCCAUGGAGCUCGAGAACCGGCAUCUUUGUGCAUUGCCGGCAUUCGAGCUGAACGCGUACGUGGAUGCGAUUCUGGACGUGGUGUUCGAGUGUGGCCGUUCGCGCCACAUUGUGUUUUCGUGCUUUGCCCCGGAUGUGUGCGUCCUUCUUCGCGCGAAGCAGACCAAGCACCGCGUGUUGUUCCUCACAUGCGGCACAAAUGUACGUUGGGCACACGACCGCACCGAUCUCGACGGACGCGCGUCGAUGGAUGCAUGAAUCGCGAUGACAGACGUACACGUGAUACGCUCGUUGGUAGAUGGAACCCCAUGUGUGGGACAAGCGCUGCAUCGCGAUCGAGCAUGCGGUCGCGUUCAGCCAACUGGAAGGCCUCCACGGCAUCGUGACCAACUCGGACCCGUUGCUCGAAUCCCCGCAGCUCAUCCCUGCUAUCAAGAACAACACGACCCUGUCGGUGUUUACGUGGGGGGACCAGAACACAAGUCAUCCUCAUGUGCAACGCCAAAAGAUGUACGGCGUCGACGGUGUUAUCUCGGAUAACAUUGGCGACUUGACGCUUCGCGAUCGCAAGCGGCGCCCGCGGGACACCAUCGCAGUCCCCGCAUACGCUGCGGCGCCGCUUUGACGACGCUCCGACCUCGAUCGACGCGUGAGUGUUGAAAAGAAAAACGCUUGUCGUGGGUUUAACCAUGUUGGUUCUAUCCACAAUAAAACGUUUAUUCAUGCCCCCCCC